ACUUUCACAAGCCGUGACUAUAAAAUCCAGGAGCCGCACUGGAGAAGUCAGACUUCAUCCUCUGAGAAGCUGCGGCAAUGAAGGCCCUAGCACUCCUCUUCCUCCUCAUUGCGGCCAACGAAGCCAAAGUAUAUGGAAGAUGUGAACUGGCUUCACUUCUGAAAAGAAAUGGCUUAGAUGGAUAUUACGGCUACAGCUUGGGCAACUGGAUUUGUAUGGCUUAUCAUGAGAGCAGAUACAACAGCCGAGUUAUAGGGCCACCAAACACGGAUGGCAGUCGUGACUAUGGGAUUUUCCAGAUAAACAGCCGCUAUUGGUGCGACAAUAACCAGGGUCCUACAGCGAAUGGCUGCAGAAGGCCUUGCAGUGCUUUCUUAAAUGAUGACAUCAGAGAAGAUAUUGUUUGUGCUAAGAGAAUUGUCCGUGAUCCCCAAAAGAUGGAUGCCUGGGUUGCCUGGAGGAACCACUGCAAAGGAAGAGAUCUGUCAGAAUGGACUCGUGGCUGCCGGCUCUGAGAUGAAUAAUCCUGCAUUUCUCUUCCGCAUUUCUCUUCCUCCUCCUGUGAUGAAAAUGAUACAACUUCUUAUACUGAAUAAUCAAUCUUUCACACUUCGAUUCGAUAUGUGUACCCCACAUGUUGGAAAGGACAAGUUUCUUUGCAUACAAAUGAUGAUUUUAAAACUCUUUUAAACUCAAAUUAUUGCUUGAAAACGUUCAAUAAAAUGAAUGUUCUGCAA